AUGAACAAGAUGAAAAACUUCAAGCGGAGGUUUUCACUCUCGGUUCCUCGGACGGAGACCAUCGAGGAGUCGCUGACAGAGUUCACGGAGCAGUUCAACCAGCUCAACAACAGAAGGAAUGAAGGGCACCUGCAGCUGGGACAUCUGGGCAGGGACUUCCGAGCAGACACCAGCCCCAUCUCCCCCUCUGAGGUGGAAGGCCAGUCCCCGAUGGCCGUGCGCUACCGCAACAACAACCAGCGCCGUUUCUCCAUGGAGGAUGUCAGCAAGCGUCUUUCCCUGCCCAUGGACAUCCGCCUGCCCCCCGAGUUCUUGCAGAAGCUGCAGAUGGAGAGCCCGGAGUUCCCCAAGCCCCUCAGCAGGAUGUCCCGACGGGCUUCCCUCUCAGAUAUUGGGUUUGGGAAGCUGGAAACCUAUGUUAAACUGGACAAACUGGGAGAGGGCACUUAUGCCACUGUCUUCAAGGGACGCAGCAAGCUGACCGAAAACCUCGUUGCCCUGAAGGAAAUCCGCCUGGAGCACGAGGAAGGGGCACCUUGCACGGCCAUACGGGAAGUGUCACUGCUGAAAAACCUGAAACACGCCAACAUCGUGACCCUGCACGACAUCAUCCACACGGAGCGCUCCCUCACCCUCGUCUUCGAGUACCUGGACAACGACCUCAAACAGUACCUCGACAACUGUGGGAACCUGAUGAGCGUGCACAACGUGAAGAUCUUCAUGUUCCAGCUGCUGCGUGGUCUGGCUUAUUGUCACGGGAGAAAGAUCCUGCACCGAGACCUCAAACCCCAGAACCUGCUCAUCAACGAGAGAGGAGAGCUCAAGCUGGCUGACUUUGGACUAGCCAGAGCCAAGUCAGUCCCUACAAAAACGUAUUCUAAUGAAGUGGUCACGCUGUGGUACCGGCCCCCCGACGUCCUGCUGGGAUCUACAGAAUAUUCCACACCCAUCGACAUGUGGGGUGUUGGGUGCAUCCACUAUGAGAUGGUCACCGGCCGGCCCAUGUUCCCCGGUUCCACGGUGAAAGAAGAGCUGCAUUUGAUCUUCAGGCUGCUGGGAACCCCAACAGAAGACACCUGGCCUGGAAUAGCAUCCAACGAGGAGUUUAAGGCUUACAAUUUCACCCAGUACCGAGCCCAGCCGUUAAUAAAUCACGCUCCAAGGCUGGACUCAGAAGGGAUUGACUUGCUGAUGAACCUCCUUCUGUACGAAGCCAAAGGCCGGAUUUCGGCGGAGGCAGCCCUGCGGCACGCUUACUUCAAGAGCCUGGGAGAGCGGGUGCACCUCCUGCCUGACAACGUCUCCAUCUUCUCCCUGAAGGAGAUUCAGCUUCAAAAGGACCCUGGCUACCGAGGCUCAGCCUUCCAGCAGUCAGCCCGAGGGAAGAACAGGAGGCAGAGUAUAUUUUAA